UAGUAUUAUUAAUAAAUUAUGGAGAUGAAUUCUUCUGGAUCCAGUUCGUGUUCUGCUACAAGUAAUAAUGAUAUUCAAGAUAAAAGCUCAUGUGUUGCAAUAAAGUCAAUAAAUGCUUCUGCUAGUGAAACUUUAAUAAAUUCUUGUACAAGUACAAGUGGUCUUGUGAGCAGAAUGGCACUGAAUGAUAAUAAAGCUGGGAUGGAAGGCUUAGAUAAGGAGAAAAUUAACCAGAUAAUAUAUGAAGCAUCAAAAGGUUCCAAAUUUUUUGAAAAUGAGCAAAAGAAAGAAGAGCAGCUUAAUCAGAGAAUCAAAGAGCAGCAAACAGCUGUCAUCAACCUAAGUGAAGCUUCUUUACUUCAUGGAACAGAAGAGGCUGAUCUGCUGCUCAAAAUACUUGAAGAACAACAAGAUCUCUCACGUACUAUUGUUCAUGUUGAUAUGGAUGCUUUUUACGCUGCAGUAGAGAUGAGGGACAAUCCAAACUUAAGAGACAAACCAAUGGCUGUUGGAGGGAUGGGCAUGCUGAGCACAUCAAACUAUAUUGCACGCCGAUAUGGUGUCAGAGCAGCAAUGCCUGGAUUUAUUGGACUGAAAUUGUGCCCCAGUCUCAUUUUAGUCAAACCUGAUUUCAAGAAGUAUACAGCUGUUAGCCAGGAGAUAAGAGAAAUAUUUGCGCAAUAUGACCCUAACUUUUCUCCCAUGAGCUUAGAUGAAGCUUAUCUAGACCUAACUGAACAUUUAAAUCAGAGGAUUUUGUCUUCGAGCAUAAAUAGAACAUUUAUUCUCCGAAAUGAAAACAAUUAUAAUACCAAGUCAUCGGUGUGCUCUUGUGAUUUGAACACAGUUUUAAGGCCAUUGCUGAUGGCAUCCAAAGACUUAUUAUCUGACACAGCUUCAGUCACUGAAAUUUAUGAGUUCUUAAAUUCAUUGGAUGAUGCUACCACCUGUUCUGUGUGUCAAAGAAUGUUUCCUCCAUACUCAGUAAAAACCUAUGGUAUCAGUACUGAAGAUGCUGUUCUUGAGAUGAGAAAUCGUAUUGAACAACGAACACAUUUAACAGCAAGUGCAGGCAUAGCUCCAAACACCAUGCUAGCUAAGGUUUGCUCUGACAAAAACAAACCAAAUGGUCAGUUCAGGAUUAUUCCGGAUAAGAAAGAAAUUGAACUGUUCAUCAGAGAUCUUCCUAUUCGCAAGAUUUCAGGUAUUGGAAAAGUCACUGAAAAACUGCUUGGUUCCUUAGGAGUGGUUACAUGCAGUGAUUUAUAUGAGAAAAGAAAUGUUUUAUAUCAUCUUUUUUCACAAACAUCAUUCCAUUAUUUUAUGAGAAUUGCACUAGGAAUGGGAUCUACUGUUGUUGAAAGGGAUGAAGGGCGUAAAAGUAUGAGCACAGAGCAAACUUUCAGUGAAAUAAAUGAUUUAAACGAACUGAUGGAUAAAUGCAGAGAAUUGUGUACUGUUCUUGCCAAAGAUUUAGAAAAUGAAUCACUUGUGGGUAAAACUGUAACAUUGAAAAUAAAACUAGUCAAUUUUGAAGUAAAGACUAGAAGCCAUACUCUACCACAUCAUACAUCAGAUGAAAGGGUUAUUUUCAACGCAGCUAAAUUAUUGUUGCAAACAGAAAGAGAAGCUUUACUACCAGACCUGCUACGCUUAAGACUUAUGGGAAUUCGAAUGUCUAAACUAAUGUCAAGCAGAACUCACACAACAUCCAUUGCUGAAAUGUUUAUAAGACAACAAAAAGAUACCUCGGAGAGAUUUCCCAGAGAAACCAAUCCUGAAAUAGAUUUGUUCACAGUCAGUGAUUUAGCCUCACAAACAAUCAAAGAUGAAGGCUGCAUAGUCCUGGAAGAUCAUGAUAAUGAUUUCCAGCAACAUGUAAAUUGUUCAAAUGUUGCUAAUUCAGAAAAUCUCUCCAGCAGACUGAAAAGAAAAAAGCCUGCAACUGGCAAUUCUUUAGUUGAUGGUAAUAAGCAAGGAGAUAUUCUAAAAUUUAUGGUCAAAUGUGGUAAAUCUCAUACAGAUGUAAAAAAGAGACAAGAGUUCCAUGAUGAAAGUAAAACAGAUGAUGUGCUAAUUGUUGAUCAACCUACUUGCAGUUAUCUUGAUACUUCAUCAGUGUCAACAAAUGGACAGAAUGACAAUAGUAUAAAAAAUCUUUUGGAACACGUUUCAGUUAAACCCAGUGUGAAACCUCUUUCGGGGGUAGUUGAAGAAAGUUCUGGAACUGUCUGUUGCCCAUUAUGUGGAAAACAAAAGCAGAACUGGCCAUUGGAUGAACUCAAUAAACAUAUAGACCUGUGUCUGAGUAGAAAUACUAUCAAAGAAAUACUUCAUGACCAGAAACAACCAUCUUUCUCUACAUCUUCUAAAGCACCAAAAAGGAGCAGCACAAAUCUAACACAAAAGGAUUUGAAACGUCAGAAAACACAGAUGUCUGUAACAUCAUUUUUUAAAACUUGAUUAAUAACCAUUAAGUUCUGGUUAAUAGUUUUUGUAUUUAUUGAAAAACAAAAAGGUUGCCUAAUUUGUUUACAAUUGAAGAACUCAAAUGUUUUUCAAAUUAUUGUAUUCCUUAUGAAUUUUUGAUGGUGCACUUUUUUUGCAUUUGUUUUUACUAAUAAGAAAAUUGU